UCUGCCCGAAGCCCUUAGCUUGCUGUCGAGGCGCGGUCUCCUCGAGGCUCCUAUCGGAUCUAUCUGCCACCCCUUGACAACGACGACCAUCUUCUGCUACCCUCACCCCACCGAACACUGACCCAACACCGUCCGUAUACCAAUCGCACAUCGACAAGCUAUGGCUGCCCCAGCCGCGCAAACACAGCCCAUCGACAGUCAGAUGAAGGAUAACCUCGAGAAGCAGCUCAACCAACGGCCCGACCGUAGCGAGCUCGUUGACCGCAACAUCCUCAAGGAUGAUAAGGGUGUUGCGCCCGCGCUGGUGGCGAACAUGGAGAAGCUGAAGCGCUCGCAGCUGGAGGACAAGCUCGAGCAUGCGCUGCAGCACCGUCCCAAGCCGGACGAGCUGGUAAAGGAGGGGAUCUUGCAAGACAACGAGGCGCCUGCGGCCUGAGCGUGUCGUUCCCCCUUCCCACCCCGUUUCUUGUCUGCGCAGUUGUAUUAUGAGCGGAGGUCGCGAUGCGCACCGUGUACGAUACUGGAUAGCAAGCUGUAUAUUUAAUAGCCCUGAUGAGCUGAUCCUUGAGAGUGAACACGGUGCGGACGGGAAGGUCGACGAUGCCUGUGAGGCGUAUGAGUAACGGCGGCGGCGACGUCGG